ACUCCCUCCAAGGGGAGAGGGCCUGGCCUCCCCGUCCCGCCUCCCUGCGGAAGCUGUAAGACCGUGCCCAUACUCAAGAUGGCUGCCAGCGUCCAGUGGCUUAGACGGGCUUUGAAGUCACGGGGCUGCUGAUUAAGAUGGCGGUUCUUUACGGAAGAUGAGCUCCUGUGGUAAAUGGCAUCCAGUUUACAUGUGGAAACAAACGUACAGGUUGAAUAAUCACCUCCUGAAAUGGCUUCUCUUCAGAACUCACAAUUUUUGCUUUUAUUUCUAAUCUGAUGCUUAGCUGGGGGACUUCUGAGAGUUUCUCAGUAUCUACUGUACCCCAUAAACAAAAGUUAAGAGUCAUCACUGCUGCUAUGUCCUGGGUACAAAUCGUAGCCAGUCGAUCCAGUGAGGACAUAUUUGAUGAAGAUGCAGAUGAGAUGUAUCCAGUACAGAAAGAAUGGAAUAACACCAUGAAAAAAAGAUUGAAGGAGGGCUAUAGAGAUGGUGUUGAGGCUGGGAAAGAUCUUGCACUCCAGGAAGGCUUCAAUCAAGGUUACAGACAAGGUGCUGAGCUGAUGGUUACAUGUGGCCAAUUCAGAGGGACCUUGAAUGCUCUCUUAUCCUGGUGUCAUCUUAAUGGACAUGAUUCUGCUUUAAGAAAGAUAAAUAACCUUCUAGAUGUCGUUGGAAAGCACGAAGAUGAUUUACUUAAGCAUCUGAAUUCUAUUCAACUACAGCCAAAUGUUGGAGACAUUCUAGAUUCUGUUCAGGACAUGGACCUUAGUCAUAUAGCUCCAGCUGGGACAGAGUGCAGUGAAGUUAACACUGAAAAAUAUGAACAUGUUGGAAGCUCUGGUGAAAACUGUUGUAGAAAUAAUGGUGAGGAUGGUUCCUUGCAGUAUGACUACAACAAGGAGAAACUCUUUACAGAUCCUGACAAGUCAACCCUUUCUUGGGUUAAAAAGCAAACUGUUUGGUUAGUAGAACAACUGGGCUUAUCACUGGACGUACUCCAUCACAUCCAGCAACUGGAACAUUAGUUCUUCUGUCUCAUGCUAUUUCAAGUUAGCUCAGGUGGAUUGGAUUCUCACUUUGUGGAUCCAGGCUGAUGGAUCACUUCAUUUUAGAGAAGUCUGAUCUGAUACUUCCCAGCAGAGGUUGUUUACAUAAGCCUUACCAUGCUUUGAUUCCUAGCCAAAAAAAACCUGGUUUCAAUCAGAAAUGUAUCUUUCACAGAAAAGGGAGAUGAUGUUAAAAGCUCUGCAGUGAUUUACUAACAUGUCUCUUAUCUAUGUCAGAAUCUGUCCUUUCACCACACUUCAUCUAUCGGUAUCUUUUUGGAAACGGAGCGGGUCCCUUAAGCAACAUCUUCUAAUGUACAAAAAAACCAACUGUCAGUGCUAUGGACAAGCUAAUCUUGCAAAAUAGUCUGCUGUUGAUUACAUGCUAACCAUGCAAAACAGAACAGGAUCUGCUGAUUUCCAGAGUGCCAGGAGUUUCCCUAGUCACUAUAUUAAAAAAAAAAAAUUCAUCUUUUGUCAUAUUUUUCCUCUUACCUUUUAUAAUCACUGUGCAGUGCACUUUCACAGUUGUUUUUUCCCCUCUUCAUAUAGUUCUAUUUAUUUCACUUUUGCUGAAAGCACACCACUCUUCUCACAUGCCAGACUUGCUUUGUUGUUCUAACAGAAAACUGACUAGUCUUACCCUUUUAGACCACAUCAUGCGUUUCUAGUCAAAUGAAUUUCCUCAUGUUAUUUUUGUAUUUAUUUGCUAGUCCCUUAAUCAUGAACUCUCUCUUGUUUACAGUGUAUUUCUCAAACUCUGGAAGGAAGCCAGGUUUAUUCAGCGUCUCUUGAAAACAUGGCUAGCCAAACACACAUCUGACAACUUUGUAUUUCUGUGGCAACAUUCUGUAUUUGGUUUCUUUUCCUUUUACUUGCUGUAAGAAUAGGAGGCUGCAGAUACAGUUGCUUUAAACCAGUUUUGGAUCACCCAAGAAAUGUAGCAGUCACAAUCCAGUAAUGAAGAAGGAAUCCCUUACCCUUUUCUGAGGAUCAGGGCUCACCAAACAUCCCAAAGAGUGAUCUCCAUGUAGUGGUGCUUCCCUUGUGGCUGCCAGCCCUUAAAUGAGGUUAGGGAGGGGUGGAGCCAGGGAUCCACCUCUUCCAGUCACCCAAGUGAAUUGCUUCCACCUGUGCUCCCAGGGCUGGCUACACCCCUUCACUGUAACCUAAGGGUUCCCAUAAAGUUGUCUAAAAUGUAGCUGCAAAUGCCGCUGGUUAGAUAUUCACAAAGAAAAGAUUUCCUAUCUCUGUUUUAUUGUAAGUAAUUACUAAGUCAGGAGGUCAUGUACUUUAUUUUACUUUUAGCUUUCUUCCCUAUCUCAGACAAAGUAGAUCUAGACAGAGAGAACUUAAGUUUUGAACAACUGAUUUAACUAGGACUAAAAAAAAAAAAGAAAAAAGUCACAGAGUAGUUUUAUACUUCGAAGCCAAAACCAAGAAACAAGAAUUAAAAACUGAUUCUCUGGAAAAAAUCCUGUAAAUUUUUUAAUAAAGUCUAUUAUCCUGCCAUGGAGUUGUUAGACUUUAAGUUUGGUUGCUAUUCAGUACCACUUUCUCUAUUAGAGGAAAUAAAAUCGAACCGUGCAAUUAAGAAUCUCACAUUGAACUUGUUACUGAAAUAGUGGAAUUGAAUAAAGCUAUUUGCAUAUAUUACAUAUGUA